UAUCAAAUUUGUGUCUCGUUCACUGAAAAUAGUUUCUUUAUUAACAAGAGCCCAAGAGGAUUGUGAGUAAUAUAUAGCCUAUGUUAGCGUCAGUAGUCAAAAAACUUGGAAAUGGCGGUCAAGGAAUGGGUCGCAAAGUUCCAGCCGGUACAACUCUACAUAGUUCUGACCUUAACCGUAGUAUUUUUUAUAACUGAACUUGUGGUUAGUCACCUUACUCAUGCCCUAACGCUGCUGAUGGACUCUUACCACAUGCUUUGUAACAUUCUUGCGUUAUCAGGAUGUAUCAUAACAAUCAAGCAUUGCAGCCAAGUGGUAAAACCAAAUGACGAAAUGAAAGACGCCGAAAGCACUGACAACAUCAAAGAAGAAGAAUGCUGCAGUAAACCGUCAGAUCAAGACAACAAAGUGAAGAAACAUAACCCGAACAGGACGAAACAGGAAAACAAAUUGAAAAACACCUUCGGCUGGACCCGGAUAGACGUCAUCACCAUGCUGAUCUGUUGCGUCUUUUUGGGUUCGUUUUCCUUCUCUAUUUACGUGGAGGCCUUUCAAACGCUGGCGCACAUCGAUCACCAGGACGAGAUGCAUCACCCUUUGUUUGUUUUAUGUAUAGGUGCUGCAGGUCUCAUCCUUAACGGAAUUUGCUACCUUCUUAUCGGAGGAUAUACUUUCCAUCAAGGCAGUUUUCUGUACGUCACCGAAAGUGGAGAUGUCGUUUUAAAUAAAGUCGUUGUCAACGAUUCGGUGCGUAAAGGUGCAAGAAGAUUGUCCAGAACGAGACACAUAUUCUCAUCGCCUCCGAAAAAGAGACAAGGUUUAUGGGAGGCUACCAGAGAUAUUAUCGGGUGUGCAGUAGUGAUGACAUGCUCAGUUAUUAUACUCUUCACUGAUCCUUACGUGGCAAAAUUCGUGGAUCCCAUUCUAUCCGUAGUCUCAGCUACCUGCAUCAUGAUUUUAAGCUACCCUUAUAUUAAAGAAAGUUGUUUAAUUCUGCUCCAAACGAUGCCAGAUACAAUUGAUAUCGAAACAAUGAAAAAAGAGUUGAUAAACCAUUUUCCUGAUAUAAUCAACGUACAUGAUUUUCAUAUUUGGCAACUCACAGCCUCUAAGAUCAUAUCGACAAUUCAUAUUAUAUUCGAAGAUCCUAAGGUUUAUAGAAAUAUAAUGGAGGAAAUUAAAGAAUUCUUUGCCGAAAAUGGAGUAACCCAAGUGACUAUACAACCAGAGUUCUUUCGACAAAGUGCUAGUUUGGAAAAACUAAACACCAAACUUCCUCCUGUUUGCUUGGUCGCGUGUCAAGGAGAAACGUGCAAAUUGAAUCAUUGCUGUCCAAGUUACGAGGAUUUAAACAUGUUCAAAUCUUCUUCGAAAGAAAUGUUUAUAUACUCGGAACGAUCAACGCCAACAUUGAAAGCUGUGAGAAUAAUAGACGAUGAACUGCACUCGUAUCAAGGCUCAACAUACAGUAUAAACACUAUUGGGACAUCUGGUGGGCUUAAAAUCGAAUCAGUUCUAGAAAAACCGGAUAUACAGGAAGAAGUUGAAGAGGAAAUUCGAAACUCAAAUGAAAAGGACUCGAAAACAGAUAACUCGCAAUCAGAUGAAACAUUGGAAGAAAGUACGAUAGAAACAAACAAGUCCUUGACAAAAAAUAGCGAUACAAAAAAUACAGAUCACUGUGAUUCAGUAAAUAAGACAGAAUGUCCCGAAAUAAAUUCUUGUAACUUAAACCAACAAAAUAUCUCUUGUUCAAAUGAGCAUGAUAAAAUAGAUGUACAGACCAAAGAAGAAAAUACGAUUAAUGCAGUGACAGAUGAAAACAGAUCGACAAAUAGUACCGAAGAAAAGUGAAACAUAGUGACAAUACUUUUUUGCGUAAAAGUGGCUGUGUUAGAAAUUAAGACUAUUUCAAAAUGUCCAUAUAUAUUUUUAUAAGAUUAAUUAGCCAAUAAUCGAAUAAGUUUGAGAACACUACCCAAGUAGCAUUUUCACGACUUGCGACCACAUGUUUACUAAACACAACGUUGGAUUAGUUACAAAAAAUAGUUAGCUCCGUACCUUAGGUAUUAAAAUAAAUAUAAACAAUGUUGUAACGUUGUGCCGACGUUGAACUAGUACUACAACAAAGUAAAAGCUUCUGCGACGUCGAAUAAACGUUGUCUUGUAACCUUUUUUGCUUAAGUGAUCUUUAGGUGAUUCGAACAACGUAGUUACAAUGUUGGGCAAUAAAGAGUUUUCCGACGUCACUUUCAGGACCUAUUCCAACGUUAUGCAAACGUCGCCUGCUUUGCUAAUUCCAACGUUGUUUAGAUUUACGUUGGUAGGACGUCGAGCCUCUACUUUUUUGCAACUGUAUUGAACCAUAACCUUAAACCUUAAAUUUUCACUUCAUUGUUCUGUUGAGUCAGACAGUUCAGUGCUGUUUUUGUUUUUAUAGAAAAAACGUAAUUAAAAUGGGACCUAAGAAAGGCAUAUAUAAAACAAAUUUAUAUAUACAUCGACAUAUUACCGAUACUUUAUCCACUCCCUCGUUUAUUUAGAAUAAGAGGGCGGCACAAGCUAUAGACUCUAGGAUGACUAAAUUAGGCAAUCUUGCGACUAGUAUACUACCUGUUAAGGCUGAACUGCGACAUUAUUAGUCCAGUAUGCGACUACUCGAACUACUCCAUCUUAAUCUUCAAAACAACAAAGUAAAAGCCGCCAUGUUGUUGAAUAAGAAAAUGUUUCGUUCCUAAAAUAGCAAUUCGUGCUUUUUAAAUACAUUAACUUGAAAUAUUUGGCCCUAUACAACACGCGGAAACAAUUUUUUUUUCGACUGCGAAAUUAUUCUCAUUUCCGGUAACGAGUUACAGAGUUGGUUAAAGUGAUUCAAUAAUUAUCAUCUUCAGACAUCCUCCACACUUAAAUACUUUUGUUUUGUUUUCCUUUACUGCCAUCUGGCAUAUGUCUCUAACUAAAUCAUAAAAAUAAUAUUUUUACUAUAACUAUCCCAAUUUAGGAUAAAACGCGACUUAGACGCCAUAUUAUUAUAGUUUUGUAUUUCUGUGAAUCAGGAUUUUAAACAACGUUCCAGUUUAUGCUAAAUUAGGCUGCUAGCCAACGUAGGUAUCCAACGUCGAUUCGACUCAAAAAUUAUUCUCCAAACUAGUGCAGACUAGGGUUGGCACGAGGUUGUGCCGACGUUGCGCCCCGACGUUUGGUCGCGUGACACAACGUUGUCCCUACGUCCAAAUGCUGCUUGGGUAUGGUACUCUUAAGGGUAAUAAUUAUAAUUGACUGGUUAUUAAUUACAAUAUCUUGCAACGUUAUUUUUAUAAAAUUGACGAGAUAAUAUCGAUAUGAUUAAAAAUCUAGUCUGUUUUAACUGUUUCAUUACGUGAUGAGACUUUAUCUUAAUGAUGAGAUUAUUGUUUUGUACAUAACGUUAAAAUACUGUGAUGUAAAUACAAUUAGGCAUUAAAGUGUACGAAUUAUAUGUAACGAUUGAUAAUCAAAAUAAAAAUGUCUUUUAAAAGUA